AGUCACCUACACAAUAAUAGUAAUAAUAAUAAUAAUAAUAAUAUAAUAACACGUCCGUCUUGCGAGCCGCAGUAGUGCAGUAAGAUGUGUGUGUGGCUGUUGGCUUUGCCGAGGCGACGGCGGUGGUAUGUGUCACCCAUCUCGCAGACGUGUAAUAAAUGUUCGUUGUUUCUUCUUCCCCACCCGUCCGCCGACACCGGCAGCAGCAUCACCGCUUCCGUUAUUUAACCGCAACGUGAGUCAUUCCAGAAAUAAACAUCUUACCACUCGUACUGCAGACGCCAUACCUACACCUGCACGCACACGCACGCACUCGCUUGCGUACGACCGCUGUAUACCACCUACACACGCCGUGUCAACGCGUUCGUCGUUGUCGUCGAUCGUUCGUCCGUCGUCUUCACGCGUUUUUUCGGCGUUCGAUCCGGUCGGAAUUUGAUUUUUCGACAGGUUGUACGAGGGCACUGGGAUACCAGCUCGAUAUCACUCGACGGACCAAACUGUAGUCGCCAAAAGGUGAAACGGAAUAAGACUAGGUCGUAACCGCAGUGCACGAGAGACACCGAGCUAUGUAUAUUAUCAACCUUCCGUAUGAUGCAAGAUAAUGACGCGAAGGACUCGGCCGAUUACCAUUAUGAAGCGACCGAAACGGUGAGGAACAUUUUGAAAAGGCAGCUGCUCACGACCGAUUUGUUCCAACAGACGUUUUUGACCACUAUUCUCACUGCGUUGGAUAAUCAUACCGCCAAUAACAAUAGUGUUAUCAAUACAUGGUUAGACACGCUGCUGGAUUUUAUUGAGUUCUUACCUGUUGACUGUUUACAAAGAGAGAUUUUACCAUUUGCUAUUGAAAGAAGUGAUCUUUCCAGGCCUGAAUCAUUGCGUUUAAUUAGUUGCAGAAUUUUCGGAUCAAUUGCCCCUAAAUUAAAUGCAUAUGUUAUUAAACGUGAAAUAUGGCCAUGUAUUUUAUCACUUUGUCAAGACGAAAGUGUUCAAGUAAGAAAAACAGUUUGCCAAGAGUUAAGUAAAGUGAGUGCAUUUCUUAAAGACAAUACAGAAAGUUCAAAAGACUGUAUUUUGCUGCCAGCAAUUGUGGAUUUAGCUAAUAAUGCUGAUUAUGGUGUCAAAGUUGCCCUGCUCGAUGUCAUUGUAGACAUAAUACCAUGCUUUUCCAGAGAAAUAAUUGUCACAGUUGUGGUGCCAAUGGUUAAAAAAUUAAUUGACACAGAUUUUAAUAAAAGUAAUUUUCUAGUGGUGGCCAUUGCCAAGAAUUUUGGUACCAUUUGUAAAGCCCUUAAAGAUUAUUUAAGUUUUGAAGAAGUAUCUUGGUUUAUCAACAAGUAUACAGAUUUACUGAAAAUUGAUUGCAAAACUGAGUUUAGUACUAAUGAUCAUACCAUUUGUGAUAAGCCAUAUUUGACUAUUCAAAAACUCUGUGCUAUCAAUCUAACAGAAAUCAUUCAUUUAAGUUCAUCAGAUAAGGGUAGUACAACCUUGUUAAUUUAUCUUAUCAAUCACUUGGUUGAUUUGAUUUCGGAAGAUUAUGUAGAGAUAAGAAUAGCUUUGGUUGGUAUUAUCAAAGAAGUUUUGAUAUCCUUAAACGAUAAAGUGGUAUUGAUUUCUCCAGUGCUAAUGAAAAUGUUAUCUGAGAGAGAUAUAAAAGUUUUAAAAGUAAUGAUUCCUAAUUUAAGCUUUAUGAUUACAAAAAUGAAAUAUCAAGAACAAGUUUUAAAAUCACUGAUGCUCUUAGAAGAAUAUUUAUUUGCCCAGUACAAUUGGAGAUUGUAUGUAGAGUUCUUGCACCAAGUAAUGGUUUUACCCACAUGUUACACAUCUGAUCAAGUAUUUUAUGUUGGAAAAGUAAUGCUCAAUCGAUUGGAAUGUGUUAGGCAAAAACCAAUUAAAGAAGCCGUUUGCACAUUGUUGUUGACAAUUUUACGUUAUAAUUUAGAUGAUAGUCAAAGAACACUACUACGUGAACAUCUCAUUAAUCGUACUGUUCAAAAUCCAAAUUUCUAUAAAAGGUCAUUUUACAUAUUUAUUUGUCAAGAAGCUUUGAAUAUAUUUUCUACAGCUUAUUUUAAAAGACAUUUUUUCUUGCCUUUACUAACUUUAGCAGAUGAUAAGGUCGCAAAUAUUAGAUAUAGUUUAUGUAAUAUGAUGUCCAGCAUAGUAAAUAUAUUAAAUGUUUCGAACGAAAAACUUUUGGUUGAUAAAUUGAUUGAUGCUAUAAACAAACUUUUAAUUGAUGGAGAUCGCACUGUCCAAGAACAACGCCCACUUUUAGAAUAUUGUAAUACUACUAUUAGUCAUAUUAUACAGGGUAAGAGAAUGUCCGAAUAUAUAGAAACUGAUGAAGAUAUAAUCAAAUUUAAUGAAGAAUCUCGUUUAUUGCUUUUGAAAUCAUCUGAACGUAUUCAACUGGACAAUGGUGGUGUGUUCUUAAGAAGUUUGAUUGAAGAAAAGAUGUUUUCUAGCCAAAUAGAUGAUUGUUCAAGAACUCCAAAUGAAGAUGAAAAAGUUACUGUGAUUGGUAAAAAGUCAUUUAUGUUGGAAUCUGAGUUCAUCAAAGACACUGGUGUUUCCAUUAAUAAAAUGAUGGAACAUUCGUCAAAAAUACCUACACCUGUACAUCAAAUAGUUAUUGACCCACAAAAUAGUAGAUCACUUAAAGAGCAAAAGAUAUCUUAUUUGCCAGUAAAAAAAGAUAGAACACUCUCACCUGCAUACCGAUCACAAAAGAGACAUGAAAAUAGUGAACAUGUGGUAACUCGCUCAACAAAUAUUGCUAAGAGAAAUAUCAAUUUUCGUGGGAAAAGACUUAGUGUACCUACGAUGUCCUGCAUCAAUGUUGAUAUAAAAAAAGAUGCAAAUGGUAACCUUUUAAAGUUUGCAACAAAAAGACCGCAAUCUUGUUAUGUAGAUGGAAAUCAAAUUGUCUUGUCAGAAAUAAAAACUGAAAAAUCGUUGUCUGACGAAUCAUUAGAUAAAACUUCUAAAAAUAAACCUUUGAGUCGUCUUCCAAUAAGAAAAUCACAAGGUAAAUAAAAUAUACAGUUUUCCAUUAAGUUAUGAAACGAAACCAAUGAUCUUAUGCCAAAUUGAAAUUUUUUAACUGUGAUAAAUUCAGUAUACGCACAAUAUAUUGUAUGUACAAACAGUUUUAAUUUUAAGUAUAUAUUUUAGCUUUAAAUUACCUUACAUAUCUUAAAUUAGGUGAAUCUAAGUAUAAUAUUACCGUUUACAGUAUUUAAAACAUUUAGAUGAGUUAAUAUAUUCUUAGUUAAUUUAAAAGUGUAAUGUUUUCAUGGGAGUAGCUCAAAUUACUUUCUUGUUUUCUAUUUUGAUUCUGAUGUUUUAAAUGUAUAAGCAUAAUAAAGCUAAAGUUAUAUUUUUGUAAAAGUAUGUCUGUAAUUAACUAUUAAUAAGUCUAACAACUAAUACAACAACCAACAUUAUACAAAUCUAAUUUAAAAAAAAUAUAUUUUAAACAAAAAACAAAUAGAAAUCAAGCAAGGUUUAAAAUAAGAUAUUGAAAAUAUUUAUAAAUCAGUUUAUAACCAGCUGACAAGACCUUGGUUUUUUUAAUUUUGUAACAAUGAAAUUGUGACCAUUAUCCAUAGCUUUAAAACUAUUUAAAAAAAAUUUAAAUAAAUACUUGUUUAACCAAUAUUUCAUGACUGACCAUGGUUAUUAUAUGUAAUAUGGGCCAUUAGAUUGUUAAAAUUUGUAUUUUAAAUUUCUGGCAUUAGUCUUUAUUAUUACAGUGUUGGAUAAUAAAAAACCUAGACUUUGCCUGGCUGGUUAUUGAUCAAUUAUAUUACUAUGUACUGAAUAUUAAUGUUUAAAUUUCAAUAAGACUCUGAGUCUGUAUUAAAUAAAUAUAUUA